AUGAACCCAGGAUUGGAUUUCAAAAUUCAUGAGGCUGCUCAAAGUAGUUUGAAACAUGCCCAUCACCUGUUUGGUUGUGUAUCUGAGAAUAAACAAAAGAGAAGUGUUCAAGAAGUAAGCUUGAUUGCUCAAGAUGCAGUGGAAGAAUUCAGAAAACUACUUGCUCUCCUUGAUGGAUCAUUGUUAUCAAACCAGAAGAGGAUCAGAAGAGGUCCUUUGCCAAAAUCCCAUGACAUAAACCAGGUUGAACUGUUGGACUCUCCUAACCCUUCAUCCCAAAAUACUACACACAAUUGGCCUCAGCCUCAUACCCUGCCCCAGCCUCGGAAUUGCUUGGUUAGACAGUUUUUUAGUGCUGUUCAUCAAAGUGAUCAAGCAACUGCAAAUGUGAUCCACAGUAAUAGCUUUAGCAUGGCUAGAGAGAAAAAACCAAACCCGGCAUUGCAGCAAGGGCAAUCUGAAGCCGGUGUGGUUCUUCCUAAUAAUUUAAUCAUGGGGUUGAACCAAUUCUCACAAAAGCCUACUAGCACUUCUUUGAUCAGUAUGGAUGGAAGUAGCCUUAACACGCGGAUGAUUCACUAUUCGUCAUCUGAACUCUUGGCUUCUCGAGAUUGUACCUCUAUGUUUUCUUCCAAAAGGAAGUGUGGGGUGAAAAGUGAAGAAGCCACUCCAAGAUGCCUAGUCUCUGCUGGUGGAUGCCAUUGCUCAAAGCGAAGGAAACUUAGAAUAAAGAGAAGAAUCCGAGUUCCGGCUUUAAGCAAUAAGCUAGCUGAUAUACCUCCUGAUGACUAUACCUGGAGGAAGUAUGGGCAGAAACCUAUUAAAGGGUCUCCAUAUCCUAGGAGUUAUUACAAAUGCAGCAGUGUGAGGGGAUGCCCUGCAAGAAAACAUGUCGAACGGUGCUUGGAAGAUCCUACCAUGUUGGUUGUUACAUAUGAAGGCGACCAUCAACACCCCAAGAUUACAUUUCAAGCACCUACAGUUGCGAUUUAA